UCCUCUCUCAUCAACGCCAUCUUUUUCUUCUUCUUCGUCUUCUUCGUCUUCUCUAACACUUGUUUAAUUUUUCCACAGUCACUAAAUGGCUGAGAAUUCUCCAAUCCCAACAUAUAUUGUGGUGAUAUUCAUCAUAAGCCCUUUAAUUUCCACCAUAGGCAAUUCAAAGCCAUGCAGUGUUCCUCUAUCACAUUACAAUAAGUUCCCCGCCCUUGAUAUCGCUGGAAAGCUUCUUGCAGACCCAGAAUCCUUAACAUCAGCAUCCACUGAUUUUGGUCACAUAGUCAAAGAAAACCCCAUAGCCGUUCUUUAUCCAUCAUCCACGCAAGAUAUCCUUUCACUAAUAAAAGAGGCUUAUAACUCUUCUGUUCCUUUUGGUAUCGCGGCUAGAGGCAACGGGCAUUCUACCCGUGGGCAGGCGAUGGCUCAUGUUGGGGUGGUGGUGGAAAUGUCAGCUUUGAAAAAUCAUCAAAAUGGCAGUCGAGUUGCCAUUUCUGGGGACAAUUUUUCUGGUUUUUAUGCAGAUGUUGGCGGUGAACAACUUUGGAUUGAUGUAUUAAAAGCCACCCUCGAACAUGGACUUACACCGGUUUCCUUCACCGACUAUCUCUACCUCACAGUCGGUGGGACACUCUCGAACGCCGGAAUCAGCGGCCAAGCCUUCCGAUAUGGUCCGCAGAUCGCCAAUGUGUACGAAAUGGAUGUUGUUACAGGAAAAGGAGAGUUAAUGACUUGCUCGGCGAACAAAAACUCCGAUCUUUUUUAUGGGGUUCUCGGAGGUUUGGGCCAGUUUGGGAUUAUAACCAGAGCAAGAAUCGCCCUAGAAACAGCGCCGAAAAGGGUUAAGUGGGUGAGAAUGCUUUACAGUAAUUUCUCUACUUUUACCAAAGACCAAGAAUAUUUGAUCUCAUUCAACGGAAGGAGACAAACCGAAGCACUGAAUUAUUUGGAAGGUUUACUUCUAAAUCACCGGGGUUCACCAAAUAACUGGAGAUCCUCUUUUUUCCCAUCCUCUGAUCACUCAAGAAUAAUCUCCAAAGUAACCAAGCAUGGUAUAAUUUACUGUCUUGAAGUGGCCAAAUAUUAUGAUGAUCACACUAAAAAUACAGUGGACAAGGAAUUGCAACAGUUGAUCAAAGAUUUAAGCUAUCUUCCAGGACUUAGGUUUGAGAAAGAUGUCUCCUACAUAGAAUUUCUGAAUAGAGUUCGAAGUGGGGAGCUAAAACUUCAGUCACAAGGACUGUGGGAUGUUCCUCAUCCAUGGCUCAAUCUCUUUGUGCCAAAAUCUCGUAUUGCUGAUUUCAACAAUGGUGUUUUCAAGAAAAUUGUACUUGAACGAAAUAUCACCACAGGGCCUGUCCUAAUUUAUCCUAUGAACAGAAACAAAUGGGAUGAUAGGAUGUCUACAGUUAUACCAGAGGAAGAUGUUUUCUACACAGUAGGGUUUUUGCAUUCAAGUGGGUUUGAUAACUGGGAAGACUUUGAUGAACAAAACAAUGAGAUAUUUAAGUUUUGUAAUGAUGCUGGUAUUAAAAUUAAGCAGUAUCUUGCCCAUCACACAACCAAGGCAGGCUGGAUAAACCAUUUUGGCUCAAAGUGGAGAACUUUUAAAGAGAGGAAAGCUCAGUUUGAUCCGAAAAAGAUUCUAUCACCAGGACAGAGAAUUUUCAAUAAUAAUAUAUAAAGCGAUAGAUUCGAUCAGAUUAAAUUAGAUUACUUGUUAGGAUUAUAAAGAAUAAUUAGUUCUGAAUGUUCAGUUUUCGGAUUUGGGGGGCUUUGUAAGUUGUAGUCAGUAUUUGCUAUUUGUAAAAACGAGUUGAAUGAAGAAGUCUUUGGUUUUUCUCUUUCAA